UUUUAUUUUAUUUUACUUUUAUUUUAUUAUAUUGCAACAAUGACUGCAAAUUUUGUUAAAGAAGAAGCAACUAAAUCACUCUAUGAUUGUAUCCCUCAACUUGAUAUAUGGUAUAAGAAUAAUUCACCUAUUGAAAAGGAAACCACUCUUUUAUGUCGUAAGAAUCGAAAGACACUAGCUUCUGUAUCCUUUUCAAAUGUUCCACCUACUGUUUACUGUUAUGAAGAUAAAAAACUUGAAAGACCAAAACAUAAAAGAUCACGUAGUUCAGAACAAGUUAAAGAAUUCUUCAACAAAUUAUCAAGAAAACUUAGUAAUGGUAGUGCUUCUAAUAGAUUAACAACAAGAUGUUGAAUUAUGACCAUCAUUUACACUACUGCAUCUUUACUCUUUACUCCUAUAAUACUUAAUAGCUUAAUUUAAAUAUACCAAUUAUUAUAAUAAUUUCUUACUUCUUUUUUUUAUAAUCACGACUUUUUCUUUCUCCUUUUCUGUGACCGAUAUUGUUGAUUUCCUUUUUGUUGUUGUUGUUUCGAAUGUUUUCAAGUCAGCUGUAAAUAAUACCUAAAUAUUUAUAAAUGAAAGCACGUUUUUUUUUUUUUUUUUCUAAGAAUGUACUACUUACAGAAUGAGCCCAACCACUGUAUUUACCAAAUAAUAAACGAAAAUGAUCUCCAACUUCA